AUGAUAAACACCCAGGACAGUAGUAUUUUGCCUUUGAGUAACUGUCCCCAGCUCCAGUGCUGCAGGCACAUUGUUCCGGGGCCUCUGUGGUGCUCCGAUGCCCCUCACCCACUGUCGAAGAUCCCCGGUGGGCGAGGGGGCGGCAGGGAUCCUUCUCUCUCAGCUCUAAUAUAUAAGGACGAGAAGCUCACUGUGACCCAGGACCUCCCUGUGAACGAUGGAAAACCUCACAUUGUCCACUUCCAGUAUGAGGUCACCGAGGUGAAAGUCUCUUCCUGGGAUGCAGUCCUGUCCAGCCAGAGCCUGUUUGUAGAAAUCCCAGAUGGAUUAUUAGCUGAUGGGAGCAAAGAAGGAUUGUUAGCACUGCUAGAGUUUGCUGAGGAGAAGAUGAAAGUGAACUACGUCUUCAUCUGCUUCAGGAAGGGCCGGGAAGACAGAGCUCCACUCCUGAAGACCUUCAGCUUCUUGGGCUUUGAGAUUGUGCGUCCAGGCCACCCCUGUGUUCCCUCUCGGCCAGAUGUGAUGUUCAUGGUUUACCCCCUGGACCAGAGCUUGUCCGACGAGGACUAAUGGUCAUAGAGGAUGCUUUGCCCAAGAGCCGCAGUGGGGGAAGAGGGGAAGUUGGGCAGCCCUGGGGCAGAGGAAGGGGCUCCUUGCUGUCUAGGGAAGGACGCUGAGGGGCUCAGGGUGAGGGUUGCCUAUUGUGUUCUCGGGGUUGACUCGUUGAAAUUGUUUUCCCUAAAGAACAGUGUAAACAUAUUAUUCACAUGUAAUCACCAAUAGUAAAUGAAGAUGUUUAUGAACUGGCAUUAGAAGCUUUUUAAACUGCGCUGUGUGAUGUGCUCUGUCUAGCCUAGGGGAGGACAUUGCCUAGAGGGGGAGGGACUGUCUGGGUCCAGGGGCAAGGCCUGGAGGGCUGGGGGGCAGCACUGUCAGGCUCAGGUUCCCCUGCUGUUGGGCUUUCUUUUUUGGUUUUUAAGACUUGUGUAUUUUCUUUCCUUGCUUCCUUUCAACCCAGGGACUCCUGAGUAUAGGCUUUUUGGCCCCUGGGCUGUCCUUGUUUUUUGACACUCCACCUGGACUCCUGUGUGUGCAUUUGUGUCUGGCCUGGAGAAACCAGGUCUGGCCCCCUCCUCCUUUACAGCUUAGUGUUGUUCUGGCAUUUGGUUAAGCUGGCUUAAUCUGUUUAAUGUUAUCAGUGCAUUUUAAAUGGGGGCAUUGAAGUUCACUCCCACCACCAGGGCUUUCUUUGGGGUGCCUGGGCCUUAAAACACUAGCCAAACUCCCCAAUUCUCAAAUCACAGCCAGUUCUUGCUCCUGGCUGCAGGCCCAGGCCCCAAGGUGUCUCCUUUCCAGGGUCACAAAGAGCGGAGAGGAAGAGGAAUAGCAACUCAGGGCCUGGGGAUCGUGUGGGAAUCUGCUCUUAGGGACUGGAUGCCUCUGCCUGGCUGAGUAUAGUGCUGACUGCCCCUCCUCUCUCUCUCUCUCAACAGGUUCUGAGUAGUGCCUGAGCCCCCUGCCCCACAGGGCUUAGGGGUGGGACUGAGGGUAUAGAAGUGGCCUGCCCUUUUCUGUUUUCACUGAACAGCUUGUUCUAAGGGGGGAGGAAGGGGGAGAGAUCUAGAUUGGGUGAGAGGGGGGUGGGGGUGUCAGGGAGGCAAGUGUGUUGUGUUACUGUGUCAAUAAACUGAUUUAAAGUUG